AUGCCAGAACAGCGACCCGUCAGAAUACACGACCACCGAUUUGCCGGUAGAUAUUUUACAACUUCAGAUAUAUUAUUGGUGUUGGCAGCACUAGUAUGUCCACCAUUAGCAACAGGUCUUCAAAAGGGCUUUGGAAAGGAGCUUGCAAUAUGUUUUUUCCUCACAGUUCUUGCCCAGCUUCCUGGCUUUUUCUAUGCCGUCUACCUCAUAUGGGAUUCCGGCUUACAAUCUCCUGAUUACUAUGUUAUACCAGCUGCUGAUAUUGAAUCUCUACCACAGUUACCUGCUAAAGAUGGUCCUUCGUCAAAAACUCCACUUGCAACUGAUCCAAAGAAGCCUUUUAAGGAUGAACCUGCAGCAGAGAGUGGCUCUUCUGCUGAUGUUGCCAAUAAUUCUGCCACUGUUGGCUCUUCAUCUUCUCCGCAGCCUCAAAAGAGUGCACAGCCUCCUUCCUAUGAGGAAGCUACAAAAGCAGGCAAUACCCCACGGGUUGGUGACUUCAAAGUGCAGAAAUAA